AUGUCACUGAAAGAACAAUCGGAGAAUAGCUCAACCGAUGAUCGCUCGAAUUGUGUUUCACCGAAGGACUAUGAAAAUGAUCCAAAAGUUAAAUUAUCAGGUAGAAUCUUAAAUGUAAUGACCUCUUUACCAACUAAAAUUGUUAGAAAUUAUGACAAAAAAACACAAUCAUAUAGUUGGGACGUUGAAAUGGUUAGAGGAAAUAGUGCUUUAUUUUCUUCGCAAACGUUUUUAGAUAAUGAAUCACCAUGGGAAAGUCAUCUAAUUGCAUGGACAGGAGAACUUGUCAAUAAAAUUCAAAAUACAAGCCAAAUUACUACUGAAAAUAUUAAAGAUGAUCCUUUAUAUUUAGAUGAAGAUGAUAAAUCAGAAAUUGAAGAGAAAUUGAAAAUUGCUAAUAAUUCAAAUAAUAUUCAUCCUGUUUGGUUGUUACGUAAAGAUCAAUCAAGAUGGAGAAAAUAUCCAGAACAAGUUUUAUGGCCUGUAUUCCAUUAUAUUCAAAAUAUGGUCGAUGAUAGUGAAGCAUGGCACGAUUAUGUUAAGUUUAAUGCAAGUUAUGCUAAUGCAAUCAAGAAAAUUUAUAAACCAGGUGACAUAAUUUGGAUUCAUGAUUAUUACCUCCUUUUACUUCCAUCAUUACUUAGAAUGGAGUUUCCAGACUCUUUUGUGGGCUUAUUUUUACACUCACCGUUUCCAUCAUCUGAAUAUUUCAGAACAAUAAGUAAAAGGUCACAAAUUUUAGACGGAAUGUUGGGUGCUGAUAAGAUUGGUUUCCAAAAUAAUAAUUUUGUAAGGCACUUCAUGUCUUGUUGUUCUAGAGUUUUAGGUUGUGAAGUAACAAAGAAUAAAGUUUUUGCUUAUGGUACUACUAUUUCAGUUGAAGCUUUACCGAUAGGUAUUGAUACUUUAAAAAUUGAACAAGAAGAUGUAAGUGAAAAAGUUGAAGCACUCAAAGAUCUUUAUAAAGGUAAAAAAUUAAUUGUUGGUAGAGAUAGAUUAGAUAAAGUUAGAGGUGUUGUUCAAAAAUUACAAGCUUUUCAAUGUUUUUUAGAUAUGUUUCCACAAUGGAGAGAAAAAGUUGUUUUAGUUCAAGUCAGCUCACCAGGAUUUUCUCAAGCUAGUGUCGAAAAACAAGUUGGUGAAUUAAUUAAUUCAAUAAAUAUAAAGUAUGGAUCAUUAAAUUAUACACCAGUGUUGCAUUACCAAAUAAUGUUAGAAAAAAGAGAAUACUUUGCUCUUCUUAGGGCAGCAGACCUUUGUUUAAUAACUUCAGUUAGAGAUGGAAUGAGUACAACUGCCUUAGAAUUCGUGAUAUGUCAAAGAAAUAAUAAUUCACCUUUGAUCUUAUCCGAAUUUACUGGCACUGCGUCAGUAUUGAACAACGCUAUAUUAGUUAAUCCAUGGGAUGCUGUUGGUGUUGCAAAAACAAUGAAUGAAGCUUUAUUAUUAUCUGAUAAUAAUAAAAAACUUUUAGAACAAAAAUUAUAUGAUAAGGUUACAUCAAAUACUAUUCAGAAUUGGACUUCAACAUUUAUAAGAGAUAUCAUCAAUCAUGCAAAAGCUACUCAUUCCAACCAUUCUACACCAUCAUUAGAUAGACCUAAAUUACUUCAACAAUUUAAAUCUUCAAAAAGAAGGCUAUUUUUAUUUGAUUAUGAUGGUACAUUAACACCAAUUGUUCAGGAUCCAGCUGCUGCAAUACCUUCAGAUAGAUUAAACAAGAUCUUAGAUAUACUUUUGAGUGAUGAACGUAAUCAAGUUUGGAUAAUUUCUGGAAGAGAUCAAGAAUUUCUUCAAAAAUGGUUUGGUAAAAAGGCUGUUGGUCUUUCAGCUGAACAUGGAUGUUUCCUUAAAAGUACUGACUCACAAGAGUGGUUUAAUCUUGCUGAAUCCUUUGAUAUGUCCUGGCAAAAAGUUGUUAAAGAUAUAUUUAAAAAGUAUUGUUUAAAAACUCCAAAUAGUGUAAUUGAAGAAAAGAAAGUAGCAAUUACUUGGCAUUAUAGAAGGACUGAUCCAGAAUUAGGUAAAUAUCAAGCAGAUGAAUGUUUAGCUGAAUUAAAUGACUUAAAAGGUUACGAUAUUGAAGUUAUGUCUGGUAAAGCUAAUAUCGAAGUUAGACCAAAAUUUGUAAAUAAAGGUGAAAUUGUUAAAAGAUUAGUUUUACAUCCUCAUGGUCUUCCACAACAAUUGUCAUCAUAUGAUGGUGAUGUCAAACCUGAAGAAUUACCUGAUUUUGUUUUAUGUUUAGGUGAUGAUCAAACAGAUGAAGAUAUGUUUAAAUCAUUAUUAAAAAUUGAAAAUCAAUGGAAAUUAAACAAUAUAUCAAAAAAUGAAUUUGGUAGUUACGGAAUUUAUCCGGUCGCAGUCGGACCGGCAUCCAAAAAAACCAUAGCCACAGCUCAUUUAAAUGAACCAAAACAAGUUUUAGAAACUUUAGGAUUAUUAGCUGCUCAAGUUUCAUUAUUUGAAAGUCCAGGUACUGUGGAAUUAGAUGAUAGAGGACAUUUAGAAAAUAGUGAAAGUUCAAAUAUAUCAAAACAACAUAUUAAAGAUGCAUCAAUGUUGAAGAAAAAGAAAUCUUUAGAUAUUUAG